ACAGCUUUUUCUUUUUUACUUCCACGCCCGGCGACGGCUCAUGCCCUCGAUUGAAGUUUUCAUUUAAAAAAAUUAAUGUUAAUUCCUGAAAAAUGGACACCAGGAAACUAACAGAAAUUUUGCGUGCCACCAUCGAUCCCAACCAAAGGCAACAAGCCGAAGAACAACUUUCACAGAUACACAAAAUCAUUGGGUUUGCACCAUCACUGCUGCAAGUUGUUAUGCUCAAUGAAGUACCAAUACCAGUUCGUCAAGCUGGUGUAGUGUACCUCAAGAAUUUAGUAACAUCAGGAUGGCAGGAGAAGGAACCAGAGGAAGGGGAGCCGAUACCAUUCAGCAUUCAUGAACAGGACCGUGCCAUGAUCCGAGAUAUCAUUGUGGAUGCCAUUGUACAGGCCCCUGAUAUAAUCCGAGUUCAGUUGGGUGUUUGUUUAAAAACUAUAAUCAAACAUGAUUUUCCCACACGUUGGACACAGAUUGUUGACAAAAUUCACAUAUACCUGCAAAAUCCUGAACCCAAUAGUUGGAUGGGAGCAUUGUUAUGUCUAUAUCAGCUCAUUAAAAAUUAUGAAUACCAAUUGGCAGAUAAGAGGGUACCUUUAAUAGAGGCUAUGAAUUUACUGUUACCUAUGAUGUACAAUUUAAUUGUGAAUCUCCAGGCUGACCAUUCGGUUGAAUCUGUCCUUAUUCAGAAGCAAAUACUCAAAUGCUUUUAUAGUUUAAUUAAGUAUAUUUUACCACUAGACUUGAUAACCAAGGAAGUAUUUACCAAAUGGAUGGAGGUUCUGCGGUUAAUAUUGGAGAGGCCAGUGCCAGAUCAUACUCUGCAAGUUGAUGAGGAUGAGCGGAUGGAGUUGCCAUGGUGGAAGUGCAAGAAAUGGGCAGCUCACACACUAUUUAGAGUAUUUGAAAGAUUUGGCAGCCCUGUGAAUUCCCGCGAUGAAUACGUCCAGUUUGCAGAGUGGUACUUGACUACAUUCACACGUGGUAUCUUAGAGGUACUCCUCAGAAUUCUUGACCAGUACAGGAAUAAAAUAUAUGUAUCGCCUCGAGUAUUACAGAUGACUCUUACUUACAUUGACCAAUGUGUAAGCCACGCAUAUUCAUGGAAGUUACUCAAGCCGCACAUGUUCGCCAUCGUUCAAGAUGUGAUAUUCCCUCUGAUGUCGUACUCUGAAGCAGACGAAGAAUUGUAUAACACCGACCCUCAUGAAUUUAUCCGCAUAAAAUUCGAUAUUUUCGAAGAUUUCGUAUCGCCUGUUACGGCAGGUCAAGUGCUUCUCAUAUCGUGUUGUAAAAAACGAAAGGACAUGAUGGAACGCACCAUGCAACUUUGCAUGCAAGUUUUGAGAAACGAGAAUGGCGAGUACGGGCCUCGCCAGCGUGACGGUGCUUUCCAUAUGGUCGGAACUUUAAACACAACUAUCAUGAAAAAGAAAUGCUACAGAGAUGAAAUAGACGGUCUAAUGAGUCAAUACAUAUUUCCGGAAUUCCACAGUCCUUUGGGUUAUAUGAGAGCGAGGGCUUGCUGGGUGCUGCACUGUUUCUCUUCCGUACAGUUCAAGAGCGAGCCUUUAACUCUAGAGGCGGUCCGUCUAACGGUAAACGCUCUGCUUCAUGACAACGAUCUGCCUGUGAAAGUGGAAGCGGCAAUUGCCCUUCAGAUGUUACUCACAGACCAAGAGAAGGUUUACAAUUUCUUGGAACCACAAGUGAAGCAAGUUACAACUGAACUACUCAAGGUGAUACGUGAGACAGAAAAUGAUAACAUAGCGAAUGUACUCCAGAAAAUUGUACCUUUGUAUACGGAGCAGCUGAUGCCGAUGGCUUUCGAAAUUAUCGAUCAUUUAGCGACAACGUUCAGUAAGGUGAUCGAAACAGAUUCUGGCACUGAUGAGAAAGCUAUAACAGCUAUGGGUCUAUUGAACACCAUGGAAACUGUGCUGAGUGUUAUGGAAGACAACCCAGAGAUUAUGGCACAGCUAGAGCCGGCAGUGCUGCGUGUCGUGGGACACAUACUCCAUCAUAAUAUCAUUGAAUACUAUGAGGAGGCCAUGACGCUCUUGUGUAGUUUGACCUCGAAGUCGAUAUCAGAAGACAUGUGGAAAGUGCUGGAGCUAUUGUAUCAGAUCUUCGAGAAGGAAGGCUUUGAUUAUUUCCCCGACGUGAUGCCGGUGCUGCACAACUACAUCACUGUCGACACUAACGCCUUCUUGUCUAACGAGAAUCAUAUACUAGCUGUUUUCAACAUGGCUAAAGCAGUACUGAACUCUGAUGCAGAGGACGAGUCUGAGAUGGUAGCGGCGAAACUUCUCGAAGUUAUGGUACUGCAAUGUUCCGGCAAGAUAGACAAUUGUUUACCAUCAUUUGUAGAGCUGGUACUCAACAGACUUACGAGGAAAGUGAAAACUUCGGAGCUAAGAACCAUGCUAUUACAGGUUUUGAUUGCCAUUCUGUACUGCAAUCCACACCUCCUGUUCACCAUUCUGAAUAAACUGCAAGAGUCUGUACCGAACGCGUCCAUAUCGCAACAUUUCAUCAAACAGUGGAUACACGAUACGGACUGUUUCAUGGGGCUACACGAUAGAAAACUGUGCGUGCUGGGUAUAUGCACGUUGUUAGAAAUGGGCCCACAGAGGCCGAGCCUGGACGAAGUGGUGCCUAAACUUCUGCCAUCUUGCUUGGUGCUGUUCGACGGAUUGAAGCGAGCGUAUGAAACACGAGCUGAGGCAGACGACGACUCCUCAUCAGAGGAUGACGACGACGAAGAAAUCGAAGAGAUCCUCUCUAGUGACGAGGAUGACUUGGAUGACGCGAACAGUGAAUAUCUGGAGCACCUCGCUCGUAUGGCGGCUAAGUCCAGCGCAGCACAGGGUGUAAAUUUAACAGCUAAAAUAGAAGAUUACGAGAGCGACGACGUAGAUGAUGAUGACUUCGAGCCGGACGAGACAGCCAUUGAAUGCUACACAACACCCCUCGACGAUAAAGACUGUGUUAUCGACGAAUAUAUCAAGUUCAAGAACACAUUAUCAGCGUUGUCAACGAGCGAGCCCGUGUUGUACCACGCGUUGACCAGCGUCCUCAAUGAAGAGCAACAGAAACAGCUGAAGGCCGUGUUCGUGUUGGCCGAUCAGCGUAAGGCGCAGAAAGACAGCAAACGCAUAGAACAGAGUGGAGGUUACGCUUUCACAGUACCAGCGCAAGUACCGACCAAAUUCAAGUUCGGAUCAUAAAUUAUUAUCAAUUAUACAUAUUAUAUAUCAUUUCACAUUCGUUGGGACCCCAUUCAGCUCAUAAUUGAUGUUCCACAUAGUCAAUUACCAAUACCAACCAAUUUGACAAAUUAUUUAAAUGAUAUAGUAAUCUACUACGCUUGAAUGUCAACAAAUUAUUUUAAUACAUUUGUUCUUAAACUUGAUUGUUUUAUUCUAAGGUUGUCCAAUUUAAGUUGGUUUUGAAAUUAUAAUAAAAUCAGCUGAAUGGUGGCUCCCAUGAGGUAUAUGUUUCCUUGCGAGUGUAAAUUCUGUCCACUGUGAAAUCAAUGUGAAAUCGAAGCGCUAUUGUCAUAUUUGUGUUUUAUCAAACAUUAGCUGUGAACUAAAUUCAGUCACCGUAAGUAUUAUAUGAAUUGCACUUUUAUGUCUAUUUAUGUCUUAAUUUAGUAUUCAAAAAUUUAUAAAAAAAAAAAUCACAAUUUACCUGCUUUUCAAAUGGGAUCGGUUAUUAUUUUCGGUAACACAUUGACUUAGC